AUGUGUAAGCUAGGUUGCAAUGGCGGAAUGGAGUGGUGGAGGCAGGCGUUUUAUAUGAUUGUUAUCUAUGCUAUUGCAAUAUUUGCGACCAUCCGUCAGCUUUUGAGAGGCAACAAAAAGCCCGAAGAUAUUUCAAGGCAUGAUGGAAAGGUUGCCAUAGUAACUGGAGGAGCCUCAGGUAUUGGUUUAGAAACUGCCAAAAUAUUAUGCAAGAAAGGAGUACAAGUAGUACUUGGUUCCCCUCAUAGUAAGAAAGCACAAAAGGCUAUUGAGGCAAUAAAAAAGGAUAAUGCCUUGGCUCGCGUUGAGUGGAUACCUCUUGAUUUGUCUUCCCUUCAGUCAGUGCGUGACUUUGCUGAAAAUUUUCUUGAUAAGAAACUACCUCUACAUAUUUUAGUCAAUAAUGCUGGAGUCAUGGCGACACCGUAUUGCAAGACAACAGAUGACUUUGAAAUGCAGUUUCAGGUCAACUACCUCGGCCAUUACCUCUUGACCAGACUCCUCUUAGAUAAACUCCACACCUCAGCUCAUUCUAGGAGUUACACAAGGAUCAUUAAUGUUUCUUCCAUUGCCCAUUUUGGGGGAUGGAUGGAUGCCUCACAUAUGCCAAAAAUCAUGCCAAAGAAAGACUAUUCCCCUUACAAGGCCUAUGCUGACAGCAAACUAGCAGUAGUCUUAGGCACCCAAGAGCUCCAGCGUCGUAUCUACCGAGCUAGCCGUCGGGUAACCGUCAACAGCCUUCAUCCUGGAGUCGUUGGAACACAACUCUAUCAGAACCUACAUCCGAUCAUGCAGAUGGCAAAGAUUAUUGUUUCUCAGCUCGGUCUGAUUUGGACCAGUAAAAAAGGCAGUGCCACAUCGAUAUAUGCUGCUUUAUCGGAUGAGAUGGAAGGUGUUGGAGGUUGCUACCUUGAUAACUGUGGCUCUGUUGCAUCUAGCAGCCUCACCUAUGACAGGAAGUUACAGGUAGCCCUGUGGAAGGAAUCCUGCGAGUGGUGCGGGCUUCCUGUUGAUAUCACCAGCCACAGGACAUUGAAGGAGAUGAACAACCAGCAGCAGAAUGGUAGGACAAGGAUGGGGUCACAGUGACUCAAACCAUUCAUUAAAUAAACCUCUACAGGUGGUAUCAACAGGACACUUCCACAGGGUCUAGAUCCUUGUGGCAGUUUCAUUGUGGUGUCAUGGAACCAUUUUAACAAUAACAAUCAAUUAAAAUACGAUGGGAAGAAUGGUGUUUGUGUCAUUAGAUUUCAGGACAGCAGAACAAUAGGCCAGGAGCCCAUUGCAUAAAAGUUAAUAUUAUGGUAACUUCCCUUAAAUCCUUGAUUCUGAUUGGUUGCUUAGCAUUGUUACCAUGGAAGUUACCAUACCAUUGGAUGGCAAAGUUACCGUAGUAGUAACUUUUAUGCAACGGGCUCAGGACUUGUUAUACUGUAUAUGGCAGUGCACUAUAUCCUUAAAGUUUUUGGUCCCAUUAUAAAAAGAAAAAAACUAAAAACUAAACCUGCAAAACACAUAUGAAAGUGAAUUAUUAAUGGAGACCCAAUUAUGACAUAAAUCUGAAUUCUGCCCAUAUAUAUAUUAGUCAAAAUGAUAUACCAUAUUGCCAUUUUGGUAAAACACAAGUUCUCCUAAAAUUGAAGUUCAUUUAAUAAGUUCUUACAUGUAAUAUGUUUGCAAAAUAUCAAUACAAUUCAUGCCUUACAUCUUAAAAGCAACAUGAUUUGUCAACCAUUUUAAACACAUUCCAACUCUUUAUGUUAUAUUCAUAUAUAUAAUCCUAUUUGAACUUGAUUAAAUCUUAUAUAUAUUUGCAGCUGAUUAUGUUCAAUUGUACUAAAGACAAUAAGGCAUGCCAUAUUUACAUGUAGGCAACACAAAUAAGUGCCAAUUAUGUUAGAGUCUGAUUUCCAAUUAACCUUGACAAAUGAUGCAUUCAUUUUUUAAAACUCGACAACAUGAAUAGAACAUUUAUAAAUGCAGUUCAUUAUGUAAACCAAUUACAAAUGUCCCAACUGAGGAUGCAAUAUGAAAAUCUGACAUAUUGUAUUAUAUAACGCCUACUUAGUUUUUGUAUGCGUGCUAAUGAGAAGAUGAAUGUGCAACAUUCGUACUGUUGUACACGUACCAUUCCAAAAUGUACCAUUGCAUGACUUACAUGUAGAAGUUGAUGUCACAAUACGAUUCAAUUCAUUGCGACUAGUAAAUAAAUGCAGGUGUAGGGCUAAGUGCGCACUGCCAUUAUAGGUAAGAGGCGUGGUUGAGGGACUCUGAUUUUUCUUUCAAUGAUUCCUUCCUAUAGUUAGCAUAGGAAAAUUGAUUAUUAUUCGUAUUUUUGCUAAUAGUGAUUAUUCUUUUCAAUGCAAUGGUAUGACAUUUCGCCUUCAGUAUAAGAAAGAUUCACUCUUUUAAAGGGAAAUGAAACCUUUGGAACAAGUAGGCUUGUGUCGAAACAGAAAAAUGAAAAAAUAAGAACAAAGAAAGUUUGAGAAAAAUCGGACAAACAAUGAGAAAGUUAUGAGCAUUUGAAUAUUGCAAUCACUAAUGCUAUGGAGAUCCUCCCAUUGGCAAUGUGACAAGGAUGUGUGAUGUCACAUGUGAACAACUUUCCCUUUGAUGGACUAUAAAAUACCCUCAAAAUGUCUCUUUUUGCUUUUUCUUAUGGUGAUACAAACUCUUUAUCCAUAAUGUAUUCUUUAAAAAUCUGUAUUACAUGCCCUGCUAUAGAAAGAACGUAUGAUCUAUUGAUAGAUGUGAUAAAAGAGGCAAUUUAAGUGAAAUAUAUACUAAAGUAAUGGAGAGAGUUGUUCACAAGUGACAUCACAUCUUUGUCGCAUUGCCAAUUGAGGAUCUCCAUAGCAUUAGUGAUCGCAAUAUUCAAAUGCUCAUAACUUUCUCAUUUUUUGUCCGAUUUUUCUCAAACUUUCGUUGAUCUGUUUCUUUGAUUUUUCUGUUUUCAGACAAGCUAUCUUGUUCCAAAGGUUUCAUUCUCCUUUAAGUCUUUUUCUUUCACCUAAUGAGAAAUCUUGUACCAUCACACUCAUACACAUGUACUUGUAUUUGAAAUGAUCUCUUCUCAUACGUUACAUAUAUAGAUAAUUGUAAUGGCAUAUUACUACAAUUUGUAUUAUUUUUUAAAAUUGUUUUUAGUAUAUUUUCAGAUAUGAAGGAAAAUAUAAAUGCUGCAAAAUAUUUCUCAGGUAGAAAUGGUCAUACUGAAAAUACAUUCAUGACAUGCACCAAUGUUUACUAUUAAUAUUUUUACACAAAAGGUACUUGCUAGAAUUUUGAUACUUUUUGAUUUUUUUGUAACUCAAUUCGUCACAGCUUGUGAAUCAAGUUAAACUAUUAGAUAGUAAUUUUGUUAAAGAUCAUUCUUAAUGUACAGAGUGAGCAGAAAAAAAUGUUCCAUAAAUUUGAAGUUGUCUUGUCUGAGCUAUGAACAUUUAAUCAUUGAUUUAUUGAUAUUUCUUAAUAGAGUUAAUGUUCCCGCAAUUUUGGUGUGAUUUUCAUACGGAACUUUGCAUGCAUGACUGACUACGAAGCAGUGUCCAGAAGGUUGUAAAAUCUCAGUUGUUGGGUGAAGAAUGAAACAGAGUAAAAAAGUAAUUAUGUGCAUGCAGAAAGACACCUACCCGUCAUUUCAUUCAAAAUCAUGUAAUCAUGUUAAUUCAUCAUGUACAGUAUUUUUAUUGUAUUUCUGUGUGUGAAAAUGUAUUUCCUCAAUUUGCUGAAAAAUACACUUUGCAGAUGUAUAAUAGCAAGCUUUUCUUAUAAAAUAUAGAAUAAAAUAGUAUAUUAUUUUUUACUUAUUUUAAUUCAUGGAAACUCAGUAUUGCGCUAAUGUUGUGUUAUUACACCGAAUGUGAAUUCAUGCAUAUUCUAUAUAUGAAAAAAAGAUUUACAAUCAAUGGUUUGUAAUCUCGAGUGCAAUCAGAGAUUGUGUAUAUAUGUGCAAUUAUUCUUUCUUACAACCCUUAAAUGAAACUAAAAAACAAUCAACUUCAAAUGAUUUUUAAAAAGAAAAGUAACAAAUGAAUGACAAUUUAAUUUUUAAAAAGUAAAAAUUGUAUUUUUAUUUUAUUUUUUUAAACAUGUAAUGGACUCGGUGCCAUAAAAGCCAACAGAGUACUCUUCAUUUGCUUUCUUAAUUAUACUUUGUGUUUCUUUAACACAUGUGUUAGCUGUUAUGCACUAUAAAAGAACAGAAUAUAUAUUACUAUCAUUAUUAUGCUUUUAUGACCUUUGUUUCAUAUUUCAUAUCCUUUAAAUAUAUUGUGUAAUUUGUGAUUUGGUGUUUCCAGUAAACACACAAUUUCUUGUUUAUUUAAGCAUCUAUUUUCUUGAACAGGGUUACUUUGCACUUAAAUACUUAGAACAUCACUUAAAUAUAUUGCUGCAUUUAGAUAGUAUUUGAUAAUAAAAUGCAUCAUGUGUAGUAUAUAUACUUCACUAAAGAUUUAAUUUUUCAUCAUUUUAUAAUUUUAUAAAUUCCUUUAUUUAUACAUUGGUGUAAAGUUUAUUUUGAUAUCAUGAAUUAUUUGAACAUAAUUGCAUUUUUGAAUAAUUUCAAAUUUUGCAUACACUGUGUGGUAAUGCAUGAUCAUAAUUAUUUUUAGAACAGUAUAUUCAAGUGAGAGAUAUUGUUUCCUUCAUUAUACAUGUAUUUUUACUUGAAGGAAAACAAAUGCUCCAAAUGCUGCAGAAGGUCUGCCAAUGUUUAUUGUGAUUUCAUAACAAAUAAAGUAUUAAAUGAAUGGAAUAUAUUCUAUAAUAAAUAACAAAGUCAUACUUUGUGUUUUAAUUUUAAUUGUGAAUGCAUGAGUUUUCAACCUUGCAAGCAUUUUAUAGUGCAUGUACAUACAUUCAGUAAUUUGUACUGUAUGAUGUGUUCCACAGUGAAUACUAUCAAAGGUGAGGUGAACUAUGAAUUUUGAGAUGGUAAAAACAAGCUUUUCAAAUUGUACAUGUAGCAUCAAGAAUAAAGAUGCUUUCAUUAUCAAUAAUGAAGAUUGUCGCUUUGAAGUCAUAGGCUGUGGGUAGCACAGUGGCGUUACUGCAAUAGGUCCAUGUGCUUUAUUGAUAGUCUUGAUGCAUAAACCUUUAAAAUAAAACAUUGUAAAAUA